AUGCGUCGCGAGUCAGACUUCGUCGCGUACUUCGAUCUUCUGCCGUCGCGUGCGGAACAAGAGGAGAGCGAUCUCUUCUUUGCAGGUGAAUCUAUCCUGGAGGACUUUGCCAUGCUGCCCGUCGUCAAUUUCUGGCGGCGGAUACAGAAGGAUCAGUACCAGGAGUUGGAGAGCUGCUUCCACAUCUUGCGCGGCCUGCUCGAUGGCGUAGAGGUGGAGUGGAAAGAUGUGGAGGGCCUGCUUCGCAUCCACGGGAGCCGCCACUUCAAUGCCAAGCCUGCCGACGUCGAGUUUCUGGCCCCAGCUGCAGACAUG